GGGGAGAGGACGAGGAUACAAAAUAAAGUCAUCAACAGCGCAACAGCAGACCAUAAUCACCCACCCACUCCCCUCCAACCACUACCUACUCCACCCACCUCGACUCUUCAUCUCUCCAUCUCCACCCUCUCUUUACAUCUUCUUCGAGCCUCCUUGUCCUCGUUCAACUUUUACGCUCUUUACUAAGCCUACUCAAACCCACUACACGACUCUUACAAAAUGGCUCCCUCUGAGAUUACCACUGUCGGUUACGACAACUUCAACUUCGACUCUCAGAUCUCGGUCGAUGUCCUCCGAUCCCUCUACCUCGCCCCCAAGGUCGACACCGGCAAGGCUCCCGAGUCUUCGAUCGAGAAGCAGUACGGUGCCAAGUCGGACUACAAUGCCGAGAACAACACCGUCGCCUACUCGAGCGACACCAAGUACCCUCCCGUCAAGUUGCUCCCUAACGCCGAGAGGAAGAGGAUCUUGGUCACCGGAGGUGCCGGUUUCGUCGGUUCCCACUUGGUCGACCGAUUGAUGUUGCUCGGUCACGAGGUCACCGUCCUCGACAACUUCUUCACCGGUUCCAGGACCACCGUCUCCCACUGGGUCGGUCACCCCAACUUCGAGAUGGUCAGGCACGACGUCGUCGAGCCCUUCCUCAUCGAGGUCGACCAGAUCUACCACUUGGCUUGUCCCGCCUCGCCCCCUCACUACCAGUACAACCCGGUCAAGACCGUCAAGACCUCGUUCAUGGGUACCAUGAACAUGCUCGGACUCGCCAAGAGGACCAAGGCUAGGUUCUUGAUCUCUUCCACUUCCGAGGUCUACGGUGACCCAGAGGUCCACCCCCAGCACGAGGAAUACUGGGGUAACGUCAACUGUACCGGUAUCCGAGCUUGUUACGACGAGGGAAAGCGUGUCGCCGAGACCCUUACCUACGGAUACAUGAACCAGGACGGCGUCGACGUUCGUGUCGCCCGAAUCUUCAACACCUUCGGACCCAGGAUGAACCCUUACGACGGACGUGUCGUCUCCAACUUUAUCGUCCAGGCCCUUAAGGGUGAGGACAUGACCGUUUACGGUGACGGUUCGCAGACCAGGUCUUUCCAGUACAUUCACGACUUGGUCGACGGUCUUAUCCUCUUGAUGAACGGUCCCGACAGCCGACCCAUCAACAUCGGUAGCUCGCACGAGUUCACCAUCCUCGAGUUCGCCGAGGCUGUCAGGGACAUUGUCGAGAAGGUCCAGAAGGAGGAGGGUACCUUCAAGAGGAGGGUCGAGAUCAUCCACAAGGACCUUCCCGGUGACGACCCCAAGCAGCGAAGGGCCGACACCGCCAGGGCUGAGAAGGUCCUCGGCUGGAAGUCCAGGUGGGGUGUUCAGGAGGGAGUUGAGGAGAUGGUCCGAUACUACUCCUCCAAGAUCAGGUCCGGUGAGCUCUAGAGCACCACCUAGGUCGUUCCUCUGGGUUUGGCCCUGUCGGGGCAAGCAUAUAGAGCCGUGUUUUGGGAUCCGUUUUUACUCUACCCCUCUUUCUACCCACUUGUAAUCGGCAAGCUACGGCUGUUAUUUCUCUCCACCUUCUUUACCACUAGGAUGUCUAGGAUCUUGCCUCGUGCAUCAUAGAUUUCAUACAUAUCACGACAGUAC